UUCCCUGCCAGCAGCUUCAUUGUGUGCGCGAGGAGCGAGCGGCGGCGGAGAGCGGGCGGGCGAGCAAGCAGCAGCCCGAGCGCGCCGGGGAGAGGGAGAGCGAGCGCACCGGGGAGGGUGCGAGGCGGCGCCCGCGGCUACGCUCCGCCCGCCUCGCGGCAACUCUGCCCCAGCACCGCGCGCCGUGCGCGCCGUCCUGCCACCACCGCUACCGCCCGGGCCCCGCCGGCUGCCGUCGCAGGCAGGGGUCUGGUCGGAACAGGGGUCUCCGCCCGGGGAUUGGGGCAUCCCGGUGUAGCGGAAAGGCACGGAACCUGGGGGGGGGGCGCCAAUUGCGCUGCAGCGCCCGCCCACUGAACUGCGUGGGCAGGAGGGCGGUGGGGCUCCCGCGCGCCCCGAGGGCAGGGCGCCUCGACUUCUCCAGGGGAGCCCCAAUCCUGGAGAGCGCACAGAGCGAGCGCGGCCACCCCCACCCCAGCCACACCGGACCUUGCGCUCAUCCUCCGCGUACCCCACUUCUACACAAACUUUUCCGAGCCCUCGCCCGUGGGGGUCGCGGAGAGCGCGGGGCUGCCCUCUGGGCUCCCGCCCCUACGGACCCUAGCCUCGCUGACCUCCUGCCUCUCGUAGCCUCAGUGGCGACCUCUCCAGGCCGGGCCAGGCACGGCACUUGAGGCGAGCGCGGCAACCCCCGGUUGCUCUCCGAAGGCUCCUGCGCCCCCCGGGGCAGCCGGGCGGGGUAAUGCCCUCGGUGAUGGAAAAGCCGAGCGCGGGCUCCGGGAUCCUGUCCCGAAGUCGGGCCAAGACGGCGCCCAAUGGUGGACAGCCCCACUCGGAGGAUGACAGCAGCGAGGAGGAGCACUCGCACGACAGCAUGAUCCGUGUUGGAACCAAUUACCAGGCCGUAAUUCCGGAGUGCAAGCCUGAGAGCCCUGCUCGUUACAGCAACAAGGAGCUGAAGGGGAUGCUGGUGUGGUCGCCCAACCACUGUGUGUCGGAUGCCAAGCUUGACAAGUACAUUGCAAUGGCCAAGGAGAAACAUGGCUACAACAUUGAGCAGGCACUGGGCAUGCUCCUGUGGCAUAAGCACGACGUGGAGAAGUCACUGGCUGACCUGGCCAACUUCACCCCAUUCCCCGACGAGUGGACAGUCGAAGACAAGGUGCUGUUUGAACAGGCCUUUGGCUUCCAUGGCAAGUGCUUCCAGCGGAUCCAGCAGAUGCUGCCUGACAAGCUGAUCCCCAGCCUGGUGAAGUAUUACUACUCUUGGAAGAAGACUCGCAGUCGGACCAGCGUGAUGGACAGACAGGCUCGGCGGCUGGGGGGCCGAAAGGACAAAGAAGAGAGUGAUGAGCUUGAAGAGGGACGAGGAGCAGUAAGUGAGGGGGAGCCGGAUGCUGGAGACCCCAAGAGAGAGCCUCUGCCCUCUCGGCCCCUGAAUGCCCGCCCAGGCCCUGGGAAGAAGGAGGCCCAGGGGUCUCAGUACCGCCACCACCCACUUCGAACCCGGCGGCGCCCACCCAAGGGCAUGUACCUGAGCCCGGAGGGCCUCACUGCCGUGUCAGGAAGCCCGGACCUUGCCAACCUCACUCUUCGAGGCCUUGACUCCCAGCUUAUCUCCCUCAAGCGCCAGGUGCAAAGCAUGAAGCAGACCAAUAGCAGCCUCCGCCAAGCCCUGGAGGGUGGUAUUGAUCCCCUACGCCCUCCUGAGGCCAACAUUAAGUUCAACUCCCGCUGGACCACAGAUGAGCAGCUUCUGGCUGUACAAGCCAUCCGUAGGUAUGGCAAAGACUUUGGGGCUAUUGCAGAGGUGAUUGGGAACAAGACUCUGACCCAGGUGAAGACCUUCUUUGUGAGCUACCGGCGCCGCUUCAAUCUGGAGGAGGUGCUGCAGGAAUGGGAGGCGGAGCAGGAUGGGGCCCCUGGAGCCCCGGUCCCCAUGGAGGAGGCUAGGAGAGGGGCUCCCUUGCCAGCCCCAGCCCUAGAGGAAGAUGAUGAGGUCCAGAUUACAUCCGUCUCAACAUCUGUGCCCAGAUCGGUGCCCCCUGCGCCACCCCCCCCUCCGCCUCCCACCUCGCUGUCGCAGCCACCUCCACUGCUGAGGCCUCCUUUGCCCACGGCUCCCACCCUGCUUCGCCAGCCACCCCCACUACAGCAGGGCCGCUUCCUCCAGCCCCGGCUGUCCCCCAACCAGCCCCCACCACCUCUCAUCCGCCCUGCCCUUGCUGCCUCCCGCCACAGUGCUCGCCCCGGCCCUCAGCCCCCACCCACCCUGAUUGGAGCCCCUCUGGAGCCUCCAGCGCCCUCACUCUGAGCCCUGAGGCCCUCCAACCAGAGGCUCCAGAAAGCCUUCGCUGGAUAUCUUCGGGCAGGUCUGGAUUCACUGAGGACAGAAGGGACUAGAGCUUUUGCCGGGUCUUUCGAAGACGAGAGCUGCUGACGGGCACAGCCUGGACCUGUGGGUUCUGCCGGUGUUUCUGGCAGCUGAGCCCAUCUCUGCCCCCACCCCAGCCAGGCGCUGGGACUCAGGGGCCUUCUGAGCUGGCCUGAGAGGACCUUCUCUUCCUGGAUUGGACUGGAAUGGCUGCCUCCUAGUCUGCUGGGGUUUGGCCUUUGGGCCCUGCCUUUUGUGUAGAGGGGGUAGUGACUGUAGCUUGGGGGGUAGGGGAGGACACUUUGGCCUGUUGGCUGUUCCUCCUCUUUCCCUUCUUUUAGCAAUAAGUCUGGGGUGAAGUGGGGAGGGGGCUGGAGGGGGAGGUGGGCAGAAAAGUGCCCUGGGGCUUGACAGCAGCAGAGACGAGAGGGGCAGCUGUCUUCUGGCUGUGUGGGAAGUGCUGAGGAGCUGUGAAGGUGCCCAGUGCCCACCGCCCAAAAGCUUAGAGGGUCGAGGGUCAGGGGAACAUAUGCAGACAUGGGUUUAUUUUUCAAUGUUUUUAAAAAAUAAAACCUUCCAAGCUCACUGA